AUGGCUGCUAGGCCGCAGGCCUUGCGCCGGGCGCAGCAGCACGGCUUCGGUGCCUUCAAGACGGACCAGGGCAUCGCCAUCUUGGCGCAACUGUUGGAAGCUGGCGCGGCAGGCAGCGUGUGCGCUGUUCAGAAGACUGGGCUGGUGAAGCUGGAUGCAUUCAGGGUGCUUUCCUCGGGCCCGCGCAGCAUUCAGCCGAUGGAGGACGUGGAUUCUGCGAUUUCGCGAGUGCUUCAGGGUCUGACAGAUUCGGCGGCAUUGACUUUGGACUCAGAUCUUAGCGAGUCGGGGCUGGAUUCUCUGGGAGCUGCAGAGCUGUCAAUACAGUUGUCUAGUGUACUGGGCAUCAAGCUUCCAGCCACCGUGUCUGCAACUGCUAAGUCCGAGAGGGAGUUGCGGCAGUUUGUGCGGGAAGAGCUUGCAGCUCAGAGGGAUGUAUCCCAAGUCGGAGUUCCGGAGGCUGCCAGUAGCAAACUACCAAUCCUUGUGGUGGGUGCUGGGGUAGGUGGUGUAGCCUUCGCGCAGCAGCUGGUCCGAGCGAGCGAGACCGUUGUUGUUAUGGAGAAAGGGGCUGCCGCGGGUGGUUCCUGGACCCAUGGCAACCUGUCUUCAAAGUUGCAGAUUGACGCUCCCUCCUAUAUGCUGAACUAUGAUUCCCCUCGCGCAUGGGGGGCAACCUAUCCGAGCAAGCAGAAGGUCUUGGAUGAGGUGCGUGAGGCAGCCAGCAGCCUGGACCUGAGGCUGAACCAUGAAGUAACGUCCCUUUCGAUGGUUCAGCGAGGAGAGUACCGUGUCGCGUACACCGAUGCAUCCAGGAAGCAGCAUGAGUUGACCGUCGGCGGCGUUGCCUUCUUUUUGGGUGGGCUGCACGCCGCGAAUGAUGUCGUCUAUCCAGGCGAGGAUGGCUUCGCAGGGACAAUCGGCCUAGGCCACGGGGAUGAUGUGCGUCCCGAAGCUUUCAAAGAUCAGGAGGUGCUGAUCGUUGGGCAUGGUGCUUUUGCUAUUGAAAACAUGCGAACGGCCUUGCAGAAUGGCGCGAAAUCUGUGACCAUAGUUGCACGGCGGCGGAACAUCGUUUUUCCCAGCGUGGUCAAUUGGCUCAUCAACUCGGUAAAUGGAACGCUCGGGAUACGCAAGAUCCGGCCUAUCCUGGAGAAGUUCUACCAGGCGGCCGGUGUCACUCUCGACCAGCUCCCGGCCCUGUUGGGCGAUUCCAUCGACUUCCGAAUCCCAGCCUGCUCCGAUAUCUAUUUCCUCGCGCAGGCAGCGAUGGGCGCACUGAGAGUCGUGAUCGGUGAAGUGAAGUGUCUCGAGAGCACCUGUGCCGCCGGGCCUGUGGAGCGGAAGGCGAGCUUCUGGCUCGACGGAGACCCGAACCUGGUUGCCAACGACCAGUGCAAGAUAGUGCAGGCAAUCAGCAGACUGGCAGAAGUGGACGCAUUUGUCGCAAGUGUUCGUCGCCAUCCUGUGCCCGAGGGUGUGAACUCGCUGCUCUGCCCCAGUUACCCCUUCUACGUGCAAGCCUUUGCCAGAGCAUUCCUGCACUAUCGCAAGGCACUUGCCAAGUUGUCCUUCACGCCGGGUGUCGAUAUCAACAUCAUGUGGGAGCAUUUCAAAGAGAGGAAGGUGAAGGUGUCGGAUGUAACAAGAGAGCAUCUGCCUUUCUGCGAUUUCGUUCGUCAUCGUCGGGCCGAGUGGGAAGACAACGCCCGCAUCUUGCGAGGGAGGCGGGUGGAUGGUGUCGCUGAGAGCCUGCAUCUGCCGGACUUCGACAGCUUGCUGCGGCCGGCCAGUGCCAUUGUUGCCCGCCUCUGGCCAAGUUCCCCACAGGACUUUGCUGGUAUCUUGGCAGUUCCGCGUCGUCCACGGGUCUUGUUCUUCCACGGAGAGAAGACAAACCGAGAAGUGGCCAUGAGACUGCUCCAAGCCACAGGAUGGUGGCAGCAAGCAGACUUUGUGGUGCCAGAUGGUCCCCAUGCGGUUAGCGCCGACGAGGAUCCGGAGCAACUUGAACGUGUGGGCUUGACACAGCUGGUGCGCGAAGGAUGGUACCGUCCCGGAGAGAUCUACAAGGAGUGGUGUGCCAAUUUCGGCAUUUUCUUCGACCUCCACAUGAAAACACGAACAGGAGCUUUAGACACCCAAGAGGCGCAGAUGGAACACGACCGCUACGAGGAGGCCUUCUCAUACCUCACGAAGGUCGCACACAGUCAUGGCCCCUUCGAUGCCGUGGCAGGAUUCUGCCAAGGAGCAGCAUUUGCCCAUGCAGCCAUGUUCAUGCAAAGAACCGGGGGGAGAGAUCUUGGACUUGGAGGGGUGCAGAUGAUGAUUGCCAUGGCGCCAUGGAAAUGCCCGUACCACGAACACCUCGGCUUGUUCAACACACAGCUCAGCAUGCCAUUGCUGUUGUUGCAUGGAAGCCAGGAUCUGCAGAUGUUCAAAGACGCUGUCGGCCCUUUCCGGGACAGCUUCGCCAGCGAUUGCGUCACGACCCAGGAGUUCGAAGGCAAGCAUGCUUAUCCAUCACUGAUCCGUUCUUCCAAGCUUCAAGAUGUGGCUGAGCAAUUCCUGGAUGCGAACCGAUAG